AUGGUUCAAGUGAUGACUACAAACCUUUUGUCUCAACAAAUGGAGUCUCUGUCCGAUGGCGAAGAGCUCAACGAUAUAUCCAUUUAUGACUUCAUUCCACAGACGGUCUCAGCCUUCGCUCAACUGCUCAUCAAUAAGGAGAAUAUGAAGACAUGGAAUGAUGUGAUCAAUUGCACUGAAGACCAACAGAACCAACUCUUGGAUCAAAUCAAUAUAAAGAGAUCCAGAGCUCAAACCUUCGCUCAACUGCUCAUCAAUAAGGAGAAUAUGAAGACAUGGAAUGAUGUGAUCAAUUGCACUGAAGACCAACAGAACCAACUCUUGGAUCAAAUCACUAUCAAGAGAUCCAGAGCUCAAAGUGAAUGCAAGGCUCCUGACGAUGGAGUGGACAGUCGUACACAUGAGACUGCAUUCACUGCCGACCAAUGCUUCAAACGAAUCGAUUCUGAUCUGAAGAAUACGCUGAAGAAGAAGCACUUACCACUCGGAGUGUUGGCGACCAUUGAAGAAGAAAUCACAGCCUUCUUCAACGAGAAGCCGUUCGCCACCUAUAAGUCGUGCCUUCAAUCCACAGGUUCAACAAAAUCAGGCUUUCGACGCCUUCUACUCCACGCCUGCUGUCAAUAUCUGGACCUCAAAUGUCUCAGCUUUGAUGCAAACGGCGAGCGCUGGUCCAGAGUUAACAAUCGCAACAAAUAUUUCUCUCAGCCGUCAGUAAUGCUCACC